AUGCCAUUUAAGAGAGAAGAGUCGUCUACUAUAAAAGACAACAGAGAAGUGGUUGAAAUUCUGAAGAGCAAACUAGAGGGAAAGAACAUUUCCAGCACAGCAUACGAUGCAGUGGAGGUCCGGCAGCUAGAUAUCAACAGCAUGCUUAUUACCGUUGUAGUAGUGCCCACAUCCAUCCUCAACAAAAUGAAGAAAGAGAAACAGGCCAUCAUCGAGAAAAUAGAACAGGCUGCCAACGGAACAGUGUUCAUCAUCAGAAAGAGAGCUGUCACCGAAGUGGAGGGAAGAGGAGAGAAGAAAGUGCUCAGCUCCAGCGUAACAUACGUUGACUACCAGGAGGCAGUUGCAUCUGACUUGGUGGCACCAUCGCACAUCGUUGAUAGAAGAACCGUCGUUAGGGAGGAUGGAUCAAAGAUCGAGAAGAUGAUAAUCGACCUAAAGAGCAAGAAGGAUAUGACCAACAGAUUUGAGCCCAUGGGAGAGGUCUUUGAGCACCUAUUCAGCAGAAAAGCAGUAUUCCAAGCUAACUACUAUUAA